AUGCGCGGCCUGCUCUGCGCAUGUCUGUGUGGACUCGCUUCGCAAGCUUUGGGCCAAUGCGCCGAGAGCGAGGAGGCGUGCCUGUUGGCGACCAGAGCCCGGGUCGAGCUUGAGGACGAUGCGGCCAAAAGCGCCCAUCGCCGCCGACACCAGAGCAACGGGCAUCGUCGUCGGCGCAUGUCCAACUCCGGGGCCUACGACCUAUUCAUGGAGUCCUACGACGAGAUCGCGGUCUUCAACGAGGGCAUGGGCUAUCUCAAGUCCUUUGUGUCGUAUGCGAUAAGCCUGAUUCCCUAUGUCGGGCCAUUGUUCAGCCUCUUGGUCAAUGCCUUCUGGGGGGAGAAGGGCGACCAUGACAAAGCACUGAUCGAGGCCAUUCAGAAGUGGACCACCAGAUAUGUGGGCUCCGCCAUCACCAAGACCUUGCACGAGCAGAUGCAGGGGAAGUUCCAAGCCAUGCGCCAAGGCUUCAAGUCCUACAAGCAGUGCAAGAGCCACGUGGAGGAGAAGACGACGGCAGCUUUGGAGCGGCAGAUCGAGAAGUGCGACAACACUUUGGUGACCCUGUGCUCGGGCAGCGAGGGCGCCCUGAGCCUGGUGAACGCUAGCAGCUACAGAGGCCGGCUCAUGUCUGACUAUGUGAUGGCCGCCACUAUCAAGCUGAGCCUUUGGCGUGAGCGCUACGAUGCGGCAGCCUACUACAAGAAUAAGACGAAUACCUCGUCCAGCCUCUUUCCGAGUACCAAAGAGGCUUUGGAAAGAAUGAAGGAGCACUACGAGAGGAUCGAGGAGGACCUGGCCAGCAUGGUGCCGGAAUGGUCUUCUUGGAGGUGGGAUAGCAUCGACAUCAAGGACGAGAGCUAUACCUCAAUGCGGCGGCGGGUUGGGGAACGUUGCAGCGCCUUCAAGUUGGAAGACGACGUGCGCCCGGAGUACGACCAGGACUUCGACAACAUCAAGUGCCAGGUGGCCCGAUGGAGGGUGAAGUUCAGUGAGAUGGUGCCCAUUUUGAAGAUGUUCACCGGUUUGCAUCAGCUCAUCCCUGGUGAAGAGCUUCAGCCGCUGCGGCACGGCAAGGUGCUGCCCAAGGUCCUGAGCCUGGGCCCCUUCUCCGCUUGGAUCAACGGGGACGCGCAGAUGACGGAACAGAACCAGAACCGCAUGGCUUACCCCAACAAGGAGAUCCCGCACACGGAAUUCCUGCGCUGGGCGAGUCUGGAUUCGGUACGGAAGGCGGCCCAGCUGGACCAAUUGACCUUCUACUCCAGCAGAAAAGCUGUCCGAGUCCUGCGGCUGCCCGAGACAUCCACGGGAGGCGACACGACUUUACUGAUGAGCUUGCCCUAUGAUCAGUGUGGUCUACACCUGGGCUAUCGCAGCGGCAGGCUCCAAUCCUGGAUUAGCUUCGAGAUCAAGAACCUCACCAAGGUGUGGGCCGGCACGGACAAUAGCCACGGGUAUUUCAACUCUGGGGCCUUCGUGUGCGGGCUGUACAAGUUCCGGCAGAUCACCCAGAUUCGGUCCAACGCUUACAGCACCGGGGACGCCUUCAUGGUGAGCUUCCAGUUCUUCCCCGGGGAAGCCCAGCGGUGA